CUAUUUAUUUACUUUUAUUAAACCCAGGUUACAUUCUUGUUAUUUUUUCAACCCAAUUUUUUUGGUUAAAUUAUAACCUCAGUUUGAAGUUGGUUUUAAAAUAACCAAAUUUCUUCAAAAGUUUCGGAAAAGUAUUUAAAUAACUCGUUUUUGACACAAAGUCAUAAAUAAGUUUUUAAAUAACUUCUAGUUUUGUGUUUUAAGGGUUAAAAAAUAACCAAAUUUUGGCUCCAAGUUUGAAGUAAGUAUUUUAAUAACUUUUUUUUUCGCACAAAAAGUUUUUUUUUAAGUUAGAAUUUAACCAAAUCUGAUCCCAAAGUUUUAAGUAAGUAUUUUAAUAACUCUUUUUUUACCCAAAAAGUUAUUUAUAGGUUAUAAAUUAACCAAAUUUUAUCUAUAGUUUGAAACGAGUUUUUAAAUUACUCACUUUAAGAUGGAAGUUGUUUAUUGGUUUAAAAUUAACCCAUUAUAGAACCUAAGUUUAAGGUGAGUUUCUAAUUAACUUCUUUAUUUUUGUCUUUUAUGGGCUAAAAAAUAACCAAAUUUUCAUUACAAGUUUCAAGUAAGUAUUUAAAUAACUCCUUUUUUACACAAAAAGCUAUUUAUAGACUAGAAAUUAACCAAAUUUGACCUUAAGUUUGAAACGAGAUUUUAAAUUACUGACUUUUUACCAUUAAAGUUGUUUAUUGGUUUAAAAUUAACCCAUUAUAAAUCUUAAGUUCAAGGUGAGUUUCUAAUUAACUUCUUUAUUUUUGUCUUUUAUGGGCUAAAAAAUAACCAAAUUUUCAUUACAAGUUUCAAGUAAGUAUUUAAAUAACUCCUUUUUUACGCAAAAAGCUAUUUAUAGACUAGAAAUUAACCAAAUUUGACCUUAAGUUUGAAACGAGAUUUUAAAUUACUGACUUUUUACAAUGAAAGUUGUUUAUUGGUUUAAAAUUAAUCCAUUAUAAAUCCUAAGCUUAAAGUAAGAUUUUAAAUAACUACUAUAAGUACGUAUAAGUUUUUAAUCAACUCGUUAUUUACCUUUUAACAACCCUGGCAAUUUUUCAACUAAGUUCCAACCCAAUUUCAACUAACCAACAACUCUCCACACAUACACAUUCACCAUACUCGAGCGUCGCGCGUCGCCCAUCAUAUUUUUGUCUCUCAUUUUUCUCAGAUCUCUCAGUAUUCUUUUGUGGCUGGUGGUAGCAAGUUAUUGUGCGAGAAAGUUUUUGUGAAAAAAUAUAAAUUAAAUAAAAAAAAAUAUCUGUCUGUGAAAAAUUAUUAAGAGUACAUUGUUAAUCAAAAUGUAUUGUGUUGUGGAGACGCUCGAAGAUGAAGGGAAGUUCGUGACGGCAGUUCCCAAAAAUUGGGUCAUCGAUGGAACGAAGCUAUUAUGGCCAAAGUCCAAGAAAGAUUCCAUUUGCGGUCGGAAAAAUUGCAUCACAGCAUCGGAUGAUUGGCAAAGCAUAGCAUGCAAAUUAAUAUUUGAUGACAUCGGUUCCUGGGAGGAAGCAGUUCAGAAGGAAAAGGAUGCCGAGUAUUUGUCUUCUUCUGAAGAAAAUACGGAAGAAGUGACCAUCGACACCAAUUCUUCGGAAUACAUGACAGAUAUGAACAAAUUGAUGUCAACUUUGAUUCCUAAUUCUGGUAAGUUUAAAAUGUAUAAACAUGGGAACAAAGUUACUAAUUUUGUCAUACUUACUUCUCAUUUUCAAGACGUUUCCUCGUUCACCCCCCCAAAUGAAGAUGUUACCAUCACUAAUGUCAUUUCCGACUUAUACACGUUUGAAGGCCCCAGCACCAGUACCCAAUUCAAGGAACUGUCGUCCAAAAUAGACGAAAUUUUGGAAAGACAGCGUUCCACUGAGGUGAAGGUGCAGGCCAUGCAAGGAAUGCUGGAGGCAUUCAUGGCGAAGUCCGAAGUUUCGGUCAAUUUGUUGGCGUCCAAAAUUGCAAAAGAGAAUGCAGAGGAAGUGGAUGAGGAACUGCAACUGGAUGAAAUUUUCCCACUUACCUCUGUCCAACAAAUUGAGGAAAUCGAGGAAAAACUCCAUCAAAAUGCAGCAUUCAAAAAAAAAUUGGUCCGUAAGUUGAGCUCCUAUGGGGGGGCCAACGGAAUGAAAACGAUCCGCACUAUUUGCAAGUGCAUUUUUACGGAUCCACUACUGGCAGAACAUUCUUGGCUGGGGACUAAUGCCAAAAAAAGUUUCAGCCAAUACAAAUUCCUGUAUAAAACUAUAUUGGAAGCGGUCCGAUCAAGGUACCCCACUUAUAGUGAAGCUGAGGGUGCUUCAUUUUUUAAAGGCUUUUUGAAGCAAGCCCCAUUUCGAAUGGGAAAACCGUCCACUUCCAACACCAGCUCCUCUGCCUCUGACGGGCAAUCCACAACAUAAUUAAGUUAAGCUAUUUUUUAUUUUUAGUUUUAGUUUUACUUUUACUUUAAGUUUUAGUUUUAGUUUUACUUCAUUAAAUAAUGUUUCACUAAACUUAAAUUUCAGCGUUCUUAUUUCAAAUAUUAAAUUUUCAGCUGGGAAGAAUCUUAUGGUUUGCAGCAUGUUGGUAAGCAAACAUUUUAUAGGUUUUUUAAAAUCUGUAAAUAACCGGUUAUAAAAAAGCUGUGAAGUAACGUUUAUUACAGGUUUUAUAAGAACCUGUACGAAGUUAUUUACAGGUUUUAUAGAAACCUAUAGGUAAGCGGUUAUAAAAAAAACCGUCAAAUAACGUUUGUUAUAGGUUUUAUAAAAACCUGUACAACGUUUAUUACAGGUUUUAAAAAAACUGGAAGAAAACGGUUAUAAAAAAAACCGUUAAAUAACGUUUAUUACAGGUUUUAUAGAAACCUAUAGGUAAGCGGUUAUAAAAAAAACCGUCAAAUAACGUUUGUUAUAGGUUUUAUAAAAACCUGUACAACGUUUAUUACAGGUUUUAAAAAAAACGGGAAGAAAACGGUUAUAAAAAAACCGUCAAAUAACGUUUAUUAGAGGUUUUAUAAAAACCUAUAGGUAAGAGGUUAUAAAAAAAACCGUAAAUUAACGUUUAAUACAGGUUUUAAAAGAACUUGUUAUAUUACAGGUUUCAAAAAAACCUGUAAUAACGUUAAUUACAGGUUUUAUAAUAACCGUAGUAAAACGGUUAUAAAAAAAACCGUCAAACAACUCAGUACAGGUUUUUUUUAAACUGUAUAAUAACGGUUUGUAAACGGUUAUAAAAUAGCCGUAAAUGGUUUAUUUCAAGUUUUUCUUUGACUAAAAAUAAACAGUUAUUUAAUAACCGUGAAAAUUAGGUUUUUAAAAACCCAGUAUUUGUAGAAAAAAGUGGGUUUUUUAAAAACCCGAUUUAGACGAAGUUAAAAAAUAACUGACCAUUUUCGGUUGUGGAGACGUUUCUGGAACGUCUUAAAUACGUUUAUUUAACGAGUUUAGUAACUUAUCCGUUAAAUAACCAGAGUAAAUAUCCGGUUUAUUUUCCGCUUUCUAACCACAAAAUGUUA